AACAAAUCGCCAUCCUUAUCCCCUCUAGGGUUUCUUCCUUCCUCCCUUCCUUCCCCCUCUUCCCCAUCUUUCUCUCUCUAAAUUUGAUACCAUAAAUUUUGACUUUGAGAAAAUUAUUACUUCUUUUCGUAUCCAUGAAACACUGUACCCAAUAAUUAGUACUACAGAUCUUCUCUCCCAAAAUAUCUAUUUAAUUCCAAAGGUUUUUUUUUUUUUCCAAUUUUGUCUAUUUGAGUUUUUCUCUCCUUUUAUUAAAAAGCUCUAGAUUGUUAGAUUCAGUCUCUGGUUAGGUCUUUUUGGGUUUUGGAAUCUCUAUAUUUUGGUAGAUUUUGGGUGGUUUUUUAUUUUUUUUUUUAGUUCUUUGGUUUUAGUAAUAAUAAUUGAAGUGGGUAGCGGAUAUUAUGGAUGGGUUUGAGAUUGGGGGUCGUAUUCAAGAUACUCCCAGGACUGAGGAUCUUAACCAUUUUGGUGAUACCUCUGCAGUUGAUGCAGUAUUUGAUGCAUCGCAAUAUGCAUUCUUCGGAAAGAAUGUCCCUGAGGAAGUUGAGUUGGGGGGAUUAGAAGAUGAAGAGGAGGAAAUACCAGCGGUUGAGUUUGAUGAAGAGGAGUUUUUCUUUGAAAGAGAGGAGGGCGAGAUAUCAAGAUCCCAGUCUGAUAUUGAUGAUCUUGCUAGUUCAUUUUCAAAGUUGAAUAAUGCUGUUAGCGGACCAAAAAGUGUAGGGACAUUUGGUGACAGGGGAUCCAGAGAAAGUUCAUCUGCAGCUGAAUGGGCACAGAGGGAGGAUUUUUCUAAUUGGCUUGGUCAGCAAAUGCUUGAAAAUGAAAGCAUUUCUGAUGGCAAGCGAUGGUCAUCACAGCCAUUUUCUUCUUCUGCCUCAAAGCCUAUAUACAGAACAUCCUCAUACCCUGAGCCGCAGCAGCAGGUGCAGCAACAGCAGCAACAACAUCAACACUUUUCUAGUGAGCCAAUUCUUGUUCCAAAAUCUGCAUACAUUUCAUAUCCUCCUCCUGGUGGCAGGUCUCCACAAGCUUCACCAAAUCACCAUUCAGGUCAUCUUAAUAUACCAUAUAUGGCUAGUGGGACACAGAUGGCAUCUUCCCCAAACAUGUCUGCCUUCACUAAUUCUCAGCUUCAAAUGUCUGGCUUGCAUCAUGGGCCACAAUAUGGUGGCAAUGCAGCUCAAUUUCCUCCUGGUCUACCUGUCAAUAGUCGACCACAAAAUCAGUGGGUCAACCAGCCAAACUUGUAUGCUGGAGAUAAUUCCAGCAUCUUGAGUAAUGUGUUGCAACAGCAGCUACCUCAUCAAAAUGGGUUGGUUCCACCACAAUUAAUGCCACAGCUACAAGCACAGAAGCAAAGAUUGCAGCACCCCAUUCAGCCUACAAUUGGCCAUUUGUCAGGGAUCCAGUCCCAACUAUUCAAUCCUCAUCUUUCUGCAUCUCCACCCCUUAUGAACAAGCUUGAAGCAAUGCUUAGUCUCACUGAUCUGCGGGAUCAAAGACCAAUACCAACCCAGAAAGUUAGGCAGAAUCUACAUUUUUCUCAGCUGGGAUUGGAUGCUAGUUUGCAGAGGAGUGAUCGAGGGUGGCUGCUGUUUAGAUCUAAAUACAUGACAGCUGAUGAUAUUGAGGGUAUUGUCAGAAUGCAGCUUGCAGCAACUCACAGUAAUGACCCAUACGUGGAUGAUUACUACCACCAGGCUUGUCUAGCUAGGAAAUCUGCUGGUGCAAAGUUAAAACAUCAUUUCUGCCCUACUCACCUUAGAGAGCUUCCUCCUCGAGCACGUCCUAAUACUGAGCCACAUGCAUUUCUCCAAGUUGAUGCUCUUGGGAGGGUUCCUUUCUCUUCGAUUCGUAGGCCUCGCCCUCUCCUUGAAGUUGAUACUCCAAACUCAUCUCUUGUCAGCAACACAGAGCAGAAAGCAUCAGAUAAGCCUCUGGAACAGGAGCCCAUGCUUGCUGCUAGAGUUGCAAUUGAAGAUGGUCUGUGUCUUCUUCUUGAUGUAGAUGAUAUUGAUCGUUUUUUACAGUUCAAUCAGCUGCAAGAUGGUGGAGCUCAGCUGAGAAGAAGGCGGCAAGACCUGCUGGAAGGGCUAGCUGCAUCGCUCCAAUUGGUUGACCCACUUGGCAAGAACAACCAUGCGGAGGAGCAUGUUCCUAAGGAUGAUUUUGUGUUCUUACGGUUAGUUUCUCUUCCAAAAGGCCAGAAGCUCCUUUCAAGGUACCUUCAGCUUCUUUUUGCGGAUGUUGAGCUUAUGCGAAUUGUCUGCAUGGCCAUUUUCCGUCAUUUGAGGUUCUUCUUUGGAGGCCUGCCCUCUGAUUCAGGGGCAGCAGAAACUAUGAAUAAUCUUGCAAGGAUUGUUUCAUCAUGUGUUCAUGGCAUGGAUCUUCGUGCACUUAGCGGCUGCCUGGCAGCAGUGGUUUGUUCGUCAGAGCAGCCACCACUUCGUCCACUUGGAAGUCCUGCUGGAGAUGGGGCUACUCUCAUUUUAAAGUCUGUUCUUGAUAGGGCAGCAAAACUCGUAACUGAGUCUCGAGCUGCUGGCAACUACAAUAUGAACAAUCAUUCCCUUUGGAAGGCUUCUUUUGAUGAAUUUUUUAAUCUUCUCACAAAGUAUUGCGUAAACAAAUAUGAUACAGUUAUGCAGUCAUUGCGUAUGCAGGUCCAACCAAAUAUAACCGUUAGUGAAUCAGAUGCUGCCAGAGCCAUUAAGAGGGAAAUGCCAGUUGAUCUCUUGCAGGCAUGUUUACCUCACAUUAAUGACCAGCAGAAAAAGCUGAUAUGGGAUCUUGCACAGCGGUCCAUUACAUGAAUUCUUAAUUGCACAGCUGAUAUGGAGCUGGAUAAUGAUAUCUGUGGCAAGAGAUGCCAAGUUCUGAAAGAAGUGGAUGCAGCGGGAUAUAUAUAAUCAGAAAUGUAUGGCUAAUUGGGAGCAUGCACAAUGUUUUGAGGGGAAGCUCCAAGGCCAUUUGAGUAAGGUUCAAUUUAGCCCCUCUAGGAUUUUAGUUUCACCUGCCAACAUGGUUUUAAAUUUAUUUUUAUGCUUAUUUUUAUUGGGAAUGCAUAGAAGCAGGCUUCUAAGUUCUUUGUAUCCUUCCAGAACUAUGCCAAUGAUGUUUUUGCUUGGUCAGGUCCUUUUCUUUUUCAGCAUUAGGGCUUAUUUUAAUGCUCUGUUGUCGAAUACAUAAUAUGGAGAUCUGUAUUGAAUUAGUAUGUACAGAAGUUUUCCCACUUUCCAAAUAUUAAUUUCAGGGAAGUGUGGGAUGGUUCAUGGGUUUUUGUCUGAAUCGAAGUUAGAAUUUUGACAUUCUUGUAGCAGAUAGCCAUUAAGUUCAUGCAAAUAUCGAUCUUAGUUCAGAAGAUGUAAUACAGUUGCUUUCAGAACCAUAAACCUUGAUUAGAGCCCUGAACGUGGUCUGUAUGGUUGCUGUUUUUCCUGUGCACAGUUUAUUCUCCAACUUAAGUAUUAUUCUUUUCAUU